GUUUUCUCUUUCUGAUCACCUGUCUGUAGCAGACUGCUGUAGAUGUAUUGUUGAUCAGUUUCUGUUUUUGGUAAUUAUUUAGGAAGUGUCGUGUGUCAAAAGAUAGAAUUCUAAUUCUUAUCCUUAUUUGUCAAGUAAUAUCACUAUUUUCACCCAUACUCAACUCUUACCACUAAGACAAUUCCGAAGAAGAAAUAUCUGCAAACAGCGGGUUUUGCUUAAGUAUUUGGAAUAUCAUGUUUAUGAGCAAACAUUCAAAUAAAGUGAAAUAUAAAUGUAGAAGAGUGUGAGAGGGAAUGGCGGGGUGCACAAUGCGAGGUGAUCGUUUUUCCGACCUUCUCAACUAUAUAGAGCACCAGCAUCAGGCUUACAUUUUCGCCGAGAAGAGCCCUUACAAGAUUGAAAUAAAGAAGAAGCUCGAAGGUCUUAUACAUGAUUUUUUGUGCAUUGCUCCUCACAAACGGAAGUUCAGUUCGCCGGCAACUGAAGAGGUCCUGCAUCGAAGUGUGACGUCCAAGAGUGACUUCACUGCUCCGCGCGCAACUGUGGCAUGGACGGCCAUCGCCAACUAUGCAGACAACCUCCUCACGCAGCCCUGGCGUAAAGAAUAUCAUGAAAUCAAAACUUACUGUGGCUACUACAAGCACCACGUGUGGAGCGGCCUGGUGGGGGCGGAGCUGAUGCUGGAGGCGAUGGGCUACAAGCACACUAGUCAGUCGACGCUGGUCAUCGACGGCACACUCGACCUCAAACGCGUCAACAUCAUCUCCCUCGACGCACUCAUAGCGCAAGUCGAAUGUCAGAUCAUAGGAAAAAUUUAUGCUGAAGUACUGAAGUCUGUUCAAUCGUGCAGCUGGGUGGACGUAUUGAGAUUUCGAGAGAAUAAUGUCUGUUACCCUGAAGAAGCUAUUCAAGCAAUAACUUACAGGUUACACCAAAGAAUACAUGGGGACACUUACCGUACUCAUGCUGACAACUGCACUAUGAUGGCUGGCUACCCUGCACCUGCACCUUAUCCCUACCCUUAUAUGCCCACAACCUGCUACAACUACAAUUACGGCCAACCGAGGUACCUAGACUUGAUGAGCAUGCCGCAGCCGCAGCCGCCGCACUACCUGAUCAAGCCGCACGAACAGUACGCACCACCCUACACCAGUUACCAUCAGCCACACCCGCACACGCAUGCGCACAUGCCGCUGAAGAAUGGGUAUGCGUCACCCAUGUGCAGCAGUGUGCCCACCGCACAGCUCAUCGAGUUUGAUCACCCCACCCACCCCACCACCACGCAUCGGCGCAGCUCCUCCGAUCACCGCAUCGACACCACCGACUAUCAUCGCAACAAUGGCUCAGACAGGUAUCAGUCAGAUGUUUACAGCAGAUCCACGACUUCAGAUGACAUUUCAUCCUCAAAAAGGUACCAAUCUGAUAUGUAUAGUAGGUCUACAACUUCAGAUGACAUAUCGUCAACGAAGCGAACAGUGCCCAAGCUGGCCAGAGAGAAUUGGGCCUACAAAGACCCAGAAGAGAGACGCGAGAAGAUCAGAACAGAACCACCUCCUGACCUGGAGGAUGCCAUGAAGACAUUCAGUCUAGAUGACAGCCAUCAAAUCACUCUCUCCGACCGGAAAUCGACGUCCAAGAUUCGAGAUUACGAAGAGAAAAAAGAGCCAAUGCCAGUAUCUAAUAGAACUAGUAUCUACGACAAUGCGCCGUUGCCACAAUCCUACAACACCAAGCAGCAGCCUGAUCGAGACAAGAAGCCCUCUGAAAGCUCCACUUUGAAGAGCAAUAAUCUAACGGCCGCAGACACACGGAAGCUCCGCGUCAACUUGACUAAUGACGACUGGACAAAUAAGAGCAGGGUGAACGAGGGCGCCAGCAGCAAGUGGGAGUGCAAGUCUUGCACGUUCCACAACGUGGGCAGCCGGGACGUGUGCGAAAUAUGCAGCAAGUCGCGUGUGGGUGGCAGCAGUGAGCCGCGCCCCCUGGCACCCGGAGGCAAGCAGUGCGAAGCCUGCACCCUCAUCAACGAGGUCGGCGUCGCCGCGUGCAAGGCAUGCAACCGAAGUCUCAUCGACUCUGGCAUCUAUGUCUAGCUGGGUUAUGGGUUCGCUCUCCUACCAUUGCUCAACCAUUGCUAUCCUCUGCAUCACUUGCUACGAUCCUGUCAAUUUAUUUUAAAACCUUCACAAAAGUAGUAGUUACAGUGCAACUUGGUUAUAACCUCAUUCAAAGGACCGCACUGAAUAUAACGCAAUUUAAAGGACCACACAUUAUUAAUGACGCUAUCAGUGUCACUAUAAAAGAGGGUUUAAAAUCUUCUAAACCGAGGAAAAAUUUUAUAAAAAUAGUUUUAUAUAUAAAACACAAUUUUUAUAAAGUAAAUUUAGGAACAUGCUUUAACAGUUAUAUAUGUAUAACUGAAUCUUAUCUAAAAACUAAAAUCAAAAUGAAGUAUAAACGAACACACAUAGGCCGUAAUGUCUAAGUACGAAAAUGAUAAUGACAAUUUAUAACUUAUAGGAAGUCCUACUGCACAAAGAAGUCUGUAAUUUUCUUCUGCACAUUCCUCUCAGAAAAUUUAUUUUCUCCGUCUGGCUACGUUACCUUCUCAGUUCUCGGCCCAAUUUUAUUGACAUUAUAUUAGAGGUUUUAUCAUUUACUAACGAUAAAUUCGAGGUUUUUCAAUGUAAAUUACUUAUAGUUUGGCGGGACCCAUAAAUAAAUAACGUUAUAUCCGUGUUAACUCUAAAACCGCAAUAACCAAUUUGCACUGUAGCUUGAAUUCUGCAUUAGAUCCAGGUCAUGAAUAUAUUUGACCAUGGAAUAGUUUGUAAAUACGUCUAUUUGACUCUAGCACUGUUUCCUACGGUUGACUCUUGAGCUUUUAAAACUGCUCGGAUCGAAAUUGUAGAAGAUCCAGCAUCCUUCUUUGUUACCCUACCUGCCGGUAAAAAUCUCCGGUUUUGUACUUCACUUCAAAUGGGCAAAUAAUGUUCUAUCUACCGAGUCAAAUAUUUAAAAUCAUUAACAAUUAACAAUAUACUAACAAUACGCCAGUAGGCAUGAACGUUUGAUCAUCUCAUAAUUUCUCAUAAUUACCCACGCACAAACAAAAAUCUCAUGUGGGCAUCAUCCGUAAAAAAAUAUUAAAGUCAAUUUCCUGUUUAUAUUUUAGGUAAAAAUAUGUUGCUAUUCUAUUCAAUAUUGAAAUCUUGAAGGAAUAAUCUGUACUUCAGAGUUAGAAGGGCGUAAGUCUCAAACGGCUGAUUUUACAGGAGAGCCCAAAAAGUAUUACACUCCCAGCCUGGGUCGAAUCAGCAUUACACUUACUUGUCAGUUAUUGGACUCACGUUGUUUCAGUUUUAAUGCUUACUGGACUUACGCUCUUUCAGCUCUGGCUCUUUAUCUUCAAAACAAUCAACUGCAGAGGACUUGCGUUAUAGAGUUUGGAGAACUGAACAAGACCUACUAAAACAUAAUUUUGUCAAAGAAUUGACUUACGCUCCUUUAGCUCUGAGAUACAGCAAUAAUGUUUGAUAUGAUAUUAUAAUAUUGCAGAGAAUAGCAAUGGAUACUACUGUAUCAUUUAUUUACUGUUGUCGGAAUGUGGAAUUACACUACUUUGAAUAGCUGUACAAUUCUUCGAUCAUAUUUCCUUGAAUAAUAUGUGAUGUUCAUUACCUAUAGGAAUAAGAACCUACAAACGAACUGUAUUGAAGCUCAUCUAUCUAUUCACCUUAACCUAGACCUCUGUAAGGCCCAAUCGUCUAUUUCUAAUCUGUGUAAAUUGGGAAAAGUGGAUGUACGUCUGGUUACUAAUUCAUUAAGAAGCUUUUAUCAAAUUGAAAUGUGCUAGAAGUUCUGUAAUAUCGUAAUCGAAUACAUUCAUCAUUGAACGAUAUUGUAGAAUUUCAAGCUCAAAUGAUUAGGCUAUAAUAUUUGCUAAGACAAACUUUCAUGGAAAUUUCAUCUAAUAUGUAAUAUGUUACAGCUUAGGUGGGUUUUUGCACUUAUUUUUGAACAUGAUCAUUGGUGAACUGUUUUUCAACAAACUGUCUCAUUUAGAGAUUAUAAUUGAAAAUUACUCGCACAAAUGUUUUUCAAAUUUGCUGAAUUGUUUCAAGUUGAAACAAUCCACUCUAAAUAAGAAUAUCAGAUUAUCAUAAUGGCCAGAUACUAACUUUAUAAUAUAUACAUUCAAACGAUUAUAUGAUUGAAUGAUGAUAAAUUAAAAUAAACAUUCAUAAUUUAACUUCUUAGAAAAAUUGUUAGCUAUGAGUUGCCAAUAUUGGAGACCUACUGUAAACAAAUAAAAGUAUUGCAGGUGAAUUCUUAGUUUUCUGGCCGGUAGGAUUAUUCUUUCUCUGAUUAUCUAUUUCUUAGAAUUCUUCAUGAUUUGACUUAAUUUUCAGCUGGUGACUGUAAACCGGCAAUUAAUAACAAUACUUUUAAAUAGUAAUCUUCUUCAGAAAUAAUAUUUUUGUGAUUUUUUCAAAUAAAAGGCUAAUCAAUCUUUAGAAUAUUUUUUUUGUGAGGAAACUGUAGAGAGAAAUUCAAUUUGUUUCCUUUAUAGCAUAUUUUGAAUGUGAUACUGUAAAUAUUAUCUGUGCUGGCUAUUAGAGAAAAUAAUGAGAGUUAUUUAUUGUAUCAUGAAGGACUGAAAAUGAAUAAUCAAAUAAUUUAUAUUGUAAAUAUUCUUGGUAUGUAAUAUUUUUCCUUAACACAAUGAAGGAAUGGUCAUUACGAUUAGAUGGAAAUGAUGUGAAAGAGCUUACAAAUGAGCUUGGAAAAGUGACCAACUUUUGUGGAUUCAGUUAUCCAAUUUACUCAUUUUUUAAUCUACCUAAAGGUAGGCUAAUUCCCAAACUAACAUCACGUGUGAAUGAAUUGUUAUAUUAGUAGGCUAAAAUUCAAUUUGUUCAAUUAUUAUAUUUUCUUAGAUCACAGAUAUCUUCAAUAAUAUCCUACAUAAUUGAAAGACCCAUAUUCAUUCGAAAAAGCUACAUCAAAAAUGGUUCGUCUAACUACUGAUAAUUAAUUUUAAUCUGUUAAAUGUUUAUGUACAUUAUUCAAACUCAUAUAAAAUGUAUAUUUUCCCUGUUUUCAAUUCGUAGUUUAUAUGAAAGUUUUACUGUUGUUUCCAUUCAAAUUGUACAGAGUUGUUGAAAGCACAAACUAUUAAAAAAUUGAAAUGAU